AUUUAGUUAGUUUCGCGCUGUGAACGCGUCUAGUUGGGGCGUUUACAAAGUUAAGCGCGGUGACUUGUCUCGAGACGGCAGUCUGGCAAAUGUAUUGAAUAUCUGUAAAGUGCCUGGAAAUUCUUUUGUGUUAAAUAAACAGCUGAAAGACAAGUGGUUUCUUAAAGAAGUGUUUUAUGCGAUUUUCUUCAGAAAAAAAGCGGUGUUUAAGGCGAAAACUUAUUUUACGAAUGUGGCAGCAUACAAGUUGGACACAAAUGACACUUAAAACAAAAUAAUUAACAAAACUUAAAAAAAAAAAUAAAUAAAUAAAUAAAAAAGGAAAUCCAUCCAAAAAAUUUACAUCGAGAACUAUUUGUGCAUAUUUUGCAGUGACAUUGCAAAAAAAAUAUAAUAUAAAUAAGUGAUUCACUGAAAAAUAAAGUGUUGACCUAAAGGAAAGUAAAAAAAAGUAUGAAAGUGCAGAGAACAUACAAAAAGUGAAGAUUGUUGACGCUCCGAAAAUUCUGAAAUUUUUCUCCUGCUCUACCAAGCACAUAAAACGUGGCAAAAUAGCUGUGUAAUACAUCUCCAACAAAGGCAAUGGGUGAUGAACCCGAUCGCCAACACACUCUACCUAACGGUAAUAGUGAUAUCAAUGGCACACACAACGCCAUCACAACUAGUAGCAGCGGCAGCACAAAUGGCACCGGCAUCAAUGCGCGCAACACACCCGCAUCACCGGUGAACGAUGAACGUGCAACAACAAGUCGGGGUGCAUCCAAUUCACAAAGCGCACAACGUCGCUCAACGGCCACGCAACAAAAUGAAAUCCAUCCAAAUCGCAUUUAUCAAGCUGGAAGCAACAUCUUAUAUCGUGCCACUUCCAUGGCCACCACUGCGGCACAGCUGCCAAAGACCUGCAUGCAAAAGACGAACACUUGGUGUUUGAGACAAUGGUGCAAGUUGAAGCGCGUGGUGGGUCAGCGUAGUCGCGUUGCGGAUAGACCAGAAUCGCAGGUGAUAUGCCAACGUUGCCGUAAGAUUUGCAAUCGUGUAGACGAAGUGUUUCGGGUACAGGCAACACGAUCUGAAAAUAAUGCCGAACCAGUAGCGAAUAUGCCGAUAAAUACGCUGCCAAACGGGGAGGAUACGACGGAUUUUAUUAAGCCAAAAGUUCAACCACCUUUCCUAUGUAUCGCCUGCACGAAGAAGAAGAAUUGUCAAAUUGGAAGGAAUGUAGCGUUCACCUAUGAUGAAGACCUCACAACAACAGCGGCAGCGGCCGAUGAUGCGGAUAGACGAAUCAUUUUCUUGAAUCGACCGCAAAUACAGAAAUUUUGCAACAAUCACAUAUCAACUGCGAAAUAUAGUUUUAUAAGCUUUUUACCAUCGUUCCUUUUUGAACAAUUUAGACGUUAUUCGAAUUGUUUUUUCCUAUUAAUUGCAUUAUUACAACAAAUUCCUGAUGUAUCGCCGACGGGUCGCUAUACAACACUGGUACCAUUAAUAUUUAUUUUAUCGGUGAGCGGCAUUAAAGAGAUAGUCGAGGACAUUAAACGUCAUCGUGCGGAUAAUGAAAUUAAUCAUCGUAUGGUGGAAGUCUUACGUGAUGGCAGUUGGACCUCGGUACGAUGGCGUGAUAUCGGUGUGGGUGAUAUUGUAAAAAUACCAAAUAAUAUGUUCUUUCCCGCUGAUAUACUUUUGCUGUCAUCGAGUGAACCUCAGGCAAUGUGUUUCAUAGAAACUGCAAAUUUGGAUGGUGAAACAAAUUUGAAAAUACGUCAGGGAGCAACAGCAACAGCAAAAUGUCUGGAAACCAAAGAUCUGCUACAGUUGGACGGCACCGUCGAAUGUGAGUUGCCAAAUCGACAUUUAUACGAAUUCAAUGGUGUGCUCAAAGGGGAAAAUAAACCCACCGUUGCUCUCGGCCCCGAUCAGAUAUUGCAACGCGGCGCCGUUUUACGCAACACCGCUUGGAUAUUCGGUGUCGUCAUCUAUACCGGACACGAUACGAAACUUAUGAAAAACUCUACCUCAGCACCGUUAAAACGUUCAACCGUGGACACUGUGACGAACACACAAAUAUUAAUGUUGUUCGUUAUUUUGGUUGUUUUGUCAUUGACCAGUGCGAUAUUGAACUUUUUUUGGACGCGCGAUAAUGCGAACAUGUUUUGGUAUUUGGGCAUAAAUGAGGACAUUAAAAGUAAAAACGCUGGCUAUAAUUUGUUGACAUUCUUCAUUCUUUAUAACAAUCUGAUACCGAUAUCUUUGCAAGUGACGCUGGAACUAGUGCGUUUUCUGCAGGCCAUCUUCAUCAAUUUCGACAUACACAUGUACUAUGCCGAGACCGAUACACCCGCAAUGGCGCGCACUUCGAAUCUCAAUGAGGAACUGGGCAUGGUGAAGUACAUAUUCUCCGAUAAGACUGGCACACUCACACGCAAUGUUAUGGUUUUCAAGAAGUGUUCGGUGGCGCGUUAUAUGUACGAACCGGGUAAUACACCAGAGGAAUCAACAAUUGUACAGAACUUACUCGGCAAUCACAACACCGCGCAUGUCAUCAAAGAAUUCCUCACGCUACUCGCCGUUUGUCACACUGUCAUACCUGAGAAAUUCGACGAUGGCACCAUUAUCUAUCACGCUGCCAGUCCUGAUGAGCGUGCCAUUAUCGAAGGUGCACGCAUGUUUGGCUACAUCUUUGAAUCACGCACUCCCCACUAUGUUGAGAUCAAUGCGCUCGGCAUGAUUGAACGCUAUGAAAUACUCAAUGUGCUCGAAUUCACUUCGACACGCAAACGUAUGUCGGUUAUAGUGCGUACGCCCACUGGUGAGAUCAAACUCUAUUGCAAAGGCGCAGAUACAGUGAUCUAUGAGCGACUCUCGCCCGAUGGGCAGGUGUAUCGCGACACCACGCUGCAACACUUGGAAGAAUUUGCUUCGGAGGGCUUGCGUACACUUUGCUGUGCUGUGUCGGUGAUACCCGAAGAUGUGUACAAUGAAUGGAAGGAGACGUAUCACAAAGCGUCAACAGCAUUGCAGUAUCGUGAGCGCAAAGUGGAAGAUGCCUCCAAUUUGAUUGAGAACAAUUUGGUGUUGUUGGGUGCAACAGCGAUUGAGGACAAGCUGCAGGAGGGCGUGCCAGAGACGAUAGCAUCACUGCUAGACGCUGGCAUUUAUAUAUGGGUGCUGACGGGCGAUAAGCAGGAGACAGCGAUCAAUAUCGGAUACUCAUGCAAACUUAUAUCACACUCGAUGGAUAUAAUUAUACUCAAUGAGGGCAGCUUAGAUGCCACCCGCGAUAUUAUACACCGCCACGUGGACGAGCUGAAAAGCACAGAUAUGAAAGAGUGCAAUGUAGCGCUUGUGAUUGAUGGUCAAACGUUGAAAUAUGCAUUAAGCUGUGAUUUGAAGCAAGAAUUUUUGGAGCUCUGCUUGGUGUGCCGUGUGGUGAUUUGCUGUCGCGUCUCGCCAAUGCAAAAGGCAGAGAUUGUCGAAUGCGUUACGCAGGCCACUGGCGCUGUCACGCUCGCCAUUGGUGAUGGCGCUAACGAUGUAGCCAUGAUACAAAAGUCACAUGUGGGCGUUGGCAUUUCAGGCGUUGAAGGGCUGCAGGCAGCCUGCGCCUCCGACUAUUCGAUAGCACAAUUUCGUUACUUGAAGCGUUUGCUGCUGGUGCAUGGCGCUUGGAAUUAUAGUCGCAUCACAAAAUUGAUACUCUAUAGUUUCUACAAGAAUGUAUGCUUGUAUGUGAUUGAGCUCUGGUUUGCCAUUUAUUCCGGUUGGUCGGGACAAAUUCUAUUCGAACGUUGGACCAUUGGCUUAUAUAAUGUUAUGUUUACCGCUUUGCCGCCAUUCGCUUUGGGACUUUUCGAUAAAGUUUGUUCGGCGGAUACGAUGUUGAAAUAUCCGCAAUUGUAUAAACCAUCACAGGAUGCCAAACUCUUUAAUGUCAAGGUGUUUUGGGUAUGGAUACUUAAUGCGCUGUCGCAUUCUGUGUGGCUCUUUUGGCUGCCGAUGCUAAUGACGCGUGAAUCGGUGUGGUCCGAUGGCAAGACGAGCGACUACCUGGUGCUGGGAAACAUUGUGUACACGUAUGUCGUCGUCACUGUUUGCCUAAAAGCCGGCCUAAUUACCAACUCGUGGACAUGGAUGACGCACGCUUCAAUUUGGGGUUCUAUCGUUAUGUGGUUCAUUUUCAUGGCAAUCUAUAGUAAUUUCUGGCCCACCAUAAUGUUGGCACCAAUCUUCUUGGGCAUGGAUCGUAUGGUAUUCUCUACAUUCGUUUUUUGGCUGGGUCUUUUGCUCAUCCCCAUAACGACGCUAUUGCCCGAUGUGCUGUUUACAAUAGUACAUAAUACUGUAUUCAAGUCACUCACAGAGGCCGUUCGAGAAUCAGAGAUACGUCGCUAUGAUCCUGAAAAUGUGAUACGAGAAUCGAAGACAUCACUAAGUGAAACUGCGAGACUGCUGCGCAGCGUCUUUACGCGUCGUGCCAAUACCAGAGUCGAAACGGAACUAGAAUUGUCGCAUGGUUACGCGUUCUCCCAAGAGGAAGGUGGCGCAGUUCCCCAAUCCGCCGUUAUACGCGCGUACGACACGAACUUACCGAAACCGGAGGGCAAUUAAGCUAACACAGAGCUGUUUGGUUUGUGUGCCAAAGGCUAAAGAGGAAGCUAAGACACCGGGAAAAAAGAAAGCCAAGGAAAAAGCAGACUUCAUAAUUUAACACGAUGGCAUGGAAAAAGGAGUAAAUGGUCUAGGAGUCUACAUAUGCAUGUAGAUCAGAAAGAAAAUAAGGAAAGAGCUAACAAAGGAAGUUUUCUACUUAUUAGCUGAAGUCGAAACUGACUAAAUUCGUACACAUAAGUAUCUAGAGUUAUAAGUAAAACAAUAACACACAGAUAGCCAACCAGUGAACUAUAUUGACUUAAUAAUAGUAAAGAAAAAAUAGCACCGAUAAAUACGAUAAUACCGCUUGAUUCGAUAAUUUGGUGUAAAAAUUUACACUUUGCUCUGCAAAUAAGUUGUAAAAAUUUUACAGGGAGUUUCCACGACGUCGAAAUUGCGACAUUUCAAUACUUCUCUCAUUGCUGAAAUCCGGUUACGAUUGUCAAUUUUACCAUACAAAAACCUGUCGCUCGAAAUUGUAGUAUGUGAAAUUCAGACGAAAUUGCAUCAACUUCGCAAAAACAACCCUGAAGAUUUUUUAUUGUGAAUGAUAAAUGAACAAAAAGACAAUACCUCAAUAAAAAGAAAACAAUUCAAACAAAUAAACAAACUUUCAUCAAAAUGGAAAUCUCGGUCGCCUUAAUUUCAAAUUAAAAUUUAGAGUUGAAUGCGCACAAUUAGAGCAGCGUGGAAACACCCUAUAAGGCAAAUUUACAAAAUUAAGGCAUGCUCAUAAAGACGCAGUGCGUUACAAACCCGUACGAUAUGAGGUGCAUAUAGAAGGACUAAAAAAAAAACGCGGUACAAGCAGUCAUAUCGCAUAUACGUAAUGCGUUUGUUUGUGCGUGCUUUUAGGUGGGGAAUUCGAAUCAAGUUUUCACAAACCACAAAAGGCCAAAAUAUUUAAAAGAAAACACUCAACAAAUGCAUGAAACUUACUGAAAUAACCGAAACUAAACGAACGUCAACUACCUGCUAAGGAAGAAGAGAAAGAACCACUUUUAAAACAAAACUAAAACUAAGUAUUUAAGAAAACAUUAACAUUUGAUGAAAAACAACAAGCUUAACAAUUUGAGAUAUUAACAAAACGUUAUAAAAGAA